AUGCAAACGUCCCCCAAGCCCGGCUGAAGUCUCCGGGGCUCCGAAGCCGGACGCAGAGUGGCUGCUUCCUCUGCCUCCGCCAGCAAGUCUUCCAGUAUGAAUCCCACAGAAGCCAAGCCUGUAAAAACAGAGCCUGAGAAGAAGCCGCAAUCAUCUAAGCCAUCUGCGGUUCACGAGAAAAAAGCCCAAGAAGUAAAGCCAAAGGAACACACAGAGCCAAAAAGCCCACCCAAGCACUCCUCAGAUACCGGGAGCAAGCAUGCUCCUAAGGAAAAAGCCGUUUCCAAACCAAGCGAGCAGCCACCAUCAGAGAAAUCAACAAAACCAAAGACCAAGUCCCAGGACAAGAUUUCCGGUGGUGGCAAGAGCACCGUUCCUGCUGGUGUGGCCGCAGCGUCUGCCGAACCAGCUGACAAGAAUAAAGAAAAUAAAUCAUUAAUAUCAGCCGUACCAGCUGAAUCCAAACCGAGUAAACCAUCUGGAAAGUCAGACAUGGAUACUGCUCUGGAUGACUUAGUAGACACUUUAGGAGAACCUGAAGAGACGAAAGAAGAUAAGCCAGCAUAUACUGGACCGGAAGUUUCGGAUCUGAUGAGUUCUACCUACAUAGAAGAACUGGGUAAAGAAGUCACACAGCCUCCAAAAUAUAGGGAACUUUUGAAUAAAAAAGACGGGAUCGCAGCCCCUCCUCUAGACUCCUCGAAACCCCUGGGGCCCAAUGAUGCCAUCGAUGCCUUGUCAUCAGACUUCACCUGCAGUUCCCCUGCAGCUGAUGGAAAGAAAACUAAGAAAGAGAAAUCUACAGAAGAGGCUUUAAAGGCUCAGUCAGCGGGGGUAAUCAGAAGUGCUGCUCCACCCCAAGAGAAAAAAAGGAAAGUGGAAGAGGACGCCAUGACUGAGCAGACCCUGGAGGCCCUGUCAGCCUCCCUGGGCACCCGGAAGCCGGAGCCGGAGCUCGACCCCAGCUCUAUUAAGGAGGUCGAUGAGGCAAAAGCCAAAGAAGAGAAAGUAAAGAAAUGUGGUGAAGAUGAGGAAACAGUCCCGUCGGACUAUAGAUUAAAACCAGCCACGGAUAAAGAUGGAAAACCACUCUUGCCAGAAGCUGAAGAAAAACCCAAGCCCGUGAGUGAAUCAGAACUCAUUGAUGAACUUUCAGAAGAUUUUGACCGGUCUAAGUGUAAAGAAAAACAAUCUAAGCCAACUGAAAAAACAGAGGCGUCUCCGGCCACCGCCCCCGUGCCUGUGGCAGAGGACGUGCCUCGGACUUCCAUGUGUUCCGUGCAGUCGGCUCCGCCCGCGGCAGCUCCAGCGAAGGGCAUGGUGCCAGAUGAUGCUGUUGAAGCCUUGGCUGGAAGCCUGGGCAAAAAGGAAGCAGAUCCAGAAGACGGAAAGCCUGUGGAGGAUAAAGUCAAGGAGAAAGCCAAAGAAGAGGAUCGUGAAAAACUUGGUGAAAAAGAAGAAACAAUUCCUCCUGAUUACAGAUUAGAAGAAGCCAAGGAUAAAGACGGAAAACCACUGCUGCCAAAAGAGGUCAAGGAACCGCUCCCACCCGUGAGUGACGACUUCCUCCUGGAUGCUCUGUCCGAGGACUUCACUGUCCCCUCAGACACGUCAUCACCUCAGUUUGAAGAUGCUAAACUUUCAGCUGUCGUCUCUGAGGUGGUUUCCCAAACCCCAGCUCCAACUACCCAGGCGGCCAGUCCACCCCCCGACACCACGCAGCGUGACAACAAAGAACUUGACGAUGCCCUGGAUCAACUUUCUGACAGUCUCGGGCAAAGACAGCCUGAUCCAGAUGAGAAUAAACCCGUAGAAGAUAAAGUCAAGGAAAAAGCCAAAGCUGAACACAGAGACAAGCUGGGAGAAAGAGAUGACACCAUCCCACUUGCAUACCAGCAUCUUUUGGAUGAUGACAAGGAGGGCACACCAGGGAAGCCAAAGGCAUCAAAGAAACCCAAAGCAUCAGAGGACAAAGACAAGAAGCCUGCUGCCAGUGCCAAAGCCCCCAGGAACGGUGGGAAAGCCAAGGAUUCCACACAAGCAAAGGAGGAAACUUCCAAGCCAAAAGCUGAUGGAAAAAGUACAAGUUAAAGUUCACACUAUUUGGUAUCUGCAUAUAAAAUCUUCAGCGGGUAGAUGGUGACUUCUGAAGAACAAGAGGCUUUGACAACAGAAACAAUUUCUGGGUGGCUUCUAGACAGUGGUAUUUGUUGAUUCUUUUGACAUCCUAAACAUUGUCUGUUAUUCUUUUCCUGAAAAGAAACUGAAUUUGUCUGGUUAAAAAAAAAAAAAAA